CAAAAAGCUACCGACUUUUACCACCAAAACUUGGUUACCAAAGAAAAAAGUAAUUUUUUUUUAUCUCUGAUGGGGUUGGGGUUUAGGGUUUUAUAACGUUUUUUGAGAAGAAGAAAGCAGAAGAGAGAGGAGGGGUAAGAUGAGUGGGGCAGGAAAACCAGAUUUCUUCUACAGAGAGGCUCAACGCCUGGGUUAUGUGGCUCGCUCCGCCUUCAAGCUACUUCAGAUACAGAAGCAGUACAAGCUCAUAACACCUGGCUCCACUGUUCUGGACCUUGGUUGUGCUCCCGGUGCUUGGCUGCAGGUGGCUUGCCAGAGCUUGGGUCCUGUAAAAAGUGGUGGUCUUGUUGUUGGGAUUGAUCUCAAGAAGGUGAAGGUUCCAGCUGCUCACUGUGAUUCGAGAGUUCAAACUGUUUGUGCUGACGUGAUGAAACUCCCCAAAGCCCAAGUCAGGGAACUCUCUCCACAGCAGAAAGGGUUUUCUGUGAUACUCUCAGAUAUGUGUCCCCUCGUUUCUGGGAUCACUAGUAAAGAUGCAGCUUUAUCGCUUGAGUUAGGCAUGCAAGCACUGGAUUUGGCUGUUGGUGGAGCUGCCUUAGCUCAUCCCAAAAAUGAAAUUCAAAUGGAGGAAAGUAAUGAUGGGGCAAUUACAAGUUCAGAUGUUAAUGGUGUAUUGCGAAGAGGAGGCCAUCUUGUGAUAAAGCUUUUAGAGAGCGAGGAUGUGCAAGAAUUCAGCCGGAUUUGCAAACCACUGUUUAGAAAGGCAUCAUUGUUGAGGCCUAAAGCUACAAGACCAUCAUCAAGAGAGAUUUAUGUGAUAUGUCAAGGUCUGCAGUCACAGGCAAAGAUAUAGAAUCAAGAAUGUAUCCCGAAUUUAGAAGUGGCAACAGUGAGUAUUGAAGCCAAAUUAAUGUAACUGGUUAGCUUUAGAUUUCCUUGUAAAGGUUCUGCUAAAAAGAAUUUAUCCUUUGACUAUGAACUUCUGUAUAAUUUUGCAAAGACUUCUCUCUCUCCUGAAACAAACAUUUGUGAACAUUGUAGGCGAGACUAAUAAACUGAUCAAAUGCAAGAGAGUGUGUUCUGAAUUGGACCAA